UUUUACAUUAAAACACAUAGUGUUAUCUGCUAUUGCGAGUAUAUAAAGAAAAGAAUUUCAUCAAGUUUUCAUUGUUUCUGUUCCAAGUAACGUUGAAAAUUUUGUCAAUAUUAAUUUUGAAAAACAUGAAGUAUUUGAAAGCAGUUUUAUUUGUUGCUUUUGUUAAUGGUUAUGUUUCGUUUGCUACAGCAGAGAAAAAACCAUUCAAAAGUUAUGCAUUCACUGAAUUGAAGCAAUUAUGCAAUCAGCAGAAUAAAAAUUAUGAUACAUUGACUAAGGCACGAAAUAUAACACAGACACUUAUUCGUAACACUACUUCAAACUGUAACAGUACUACUAACCAACAAUUAAUUAUAGAUUUAGUUGAUGAUAUACUCCCUUGCUUUGACAAUGACAAUAAACCAAACGAAAUUGAUUUAGAAACAAUUUACGAAGAUAUAACAACAAAAGUAUGCAUUUACUACGAAUUGGUCAAUUUUAGGACGAUUAAUAGUCAAUGCUUAGGAAAUAAAAGCAGUUCAUACUACAAAUGUGGAAAUACAAUUUUGCAAAAUAAACCUUUAGAAUCUGACAUGCUCUUCUUUAUACUUGCAAUGACUCAUUCAGAUAAAGAAUGCAACUUAUAUACAAAUUUAAAUAAGUGCGCGAUGGAGAGAGUUACUAAUAAAUGUAAUUCCGAAGUUCAUAAAUUAAAAAAUUUACAAAAUAAAUUUUUGCUCAGUAUGAAUUGUAAAUACAAUUUUAAUUUAAAUCAGUCAAACUUGACUAAUGAAGAUUUACGAAUUCAAUUACUUCCGGAACUACUUUCUAAUUGAUUGAUUCAAAUCAUUUGUAAUCUUUGUACUUAAAAGCAUGAUUGAAAUAUAAUAAUUGCAAAACCUCAUAA